AUGAACUCCCACGACAAGCGCUACGGGGGCUACAGGGGCGGCGUGCAGGGGCACGGCCGGCACGGCGACGGUUUCUGCGCCGGCGCCGGCUUCAUGGACGAGACGGACCGCGAGGUGAGCAGCCUGACGGACCGGGCCUUCCGCAGCCUCUGCAUCGGGGAGGAGGCCGUCUACAACGACUCGUCCCCCGUCGAGCGGCACAAGGCCUUCGCCGACGACGACGCCGGCGACGACCUCAAAGCCAGCGGCCGGGGGAUGGUCCCGCGCGGCGUCGCCGUCACCGAGGUGUACGGGGGAACGGCGAUGCUUCAGCUUUCCGCGGCGGACGAGGCCGCGGCCCACCACAGCAACGGCGUCGUCGACGCCGUCUGGCAGCAGAAGCAGAGCUCGUCCAAGGUGUCGUCCCUCGUCGGGACCUACGACGGGAAUUUGACUUCGGACGCUGCUCUGAUGUCACAGGACUCCGUGUACACGCAAGGCCAGGACUCGUGGGACAGCUUGGCCCUGAUGAGCAUCCAGAAGGAGUUGUCCGAGUUCUCCUCCGUGUAUCACCAGAGCAUCAAGGGCAGUUCCUACUCCCAGACCGGAGACCACUCGCAUUCUUCUGGAGUGGGGGCCGCUCCCCAGUUGCCGCCGGACGCGGAGUCGUCCGCCGCCUCCCCGGCCUUCUCGAAAAGCGGCGGCAAAUGCGGCGGUGGCGGCGGCUUGAAGGUGCCGGGCUCCAGGAAUUUCUUCCUCCACAGCGAGUUCAGCCCAUUCCAGACGUGGAAGGAGUACAACCGCCUACUGUACGACCGCGAGGCUCUGCCCCAGGUUCUGGCCGCCGAUCAGUCCCCCAGGUGGUACGACUCUCCGUUCUACAAAGAGCUGACGGGGGCCCACAGAGCGCAGAUGGCCCAGCUGGAAGAGCAGAGGUCCCAUCGCAAGCCGCACGACAGCCCCCUGCCGGUGGAGCCGCCCGCACCCACGGUCCGUCAGAAAGUGUCCGCCAUCGAGAAGCGGUCCGAGUCAGAGCUAAUGGUCAACUGUCCUCCGUGGAAGAGGAGCCAAGAGCCGGUGAAGAACAAGUUUCCUCAGAACCGACCCUGCACGGCAUCGCCGUCGAGCGACAAGUCCAGGCGAAAGGAAGAGGGUUCGGUUUCCACCGGCAGGCUGUCAGCCACCAACUACAAGGUGCAGACGGUGGCAGAUGACCAGACCUCAAACAGCGGGACCCCGUUCAGCAUAUGCCAGCUGCUGACGCCCACGAUCCUCCCCAGACAGGGAACGGAAACGUCCGAAAUCCUGCAGUACGCACUUUCUCCCAACAUCCUCAGCCCUGCGCUGUCCGAGACCGAUCCCCGGCAAACCCCGGAGAUCAAACCACGCAACAAGUACAAGGCCAUGGCCUCCAGUCUGCUGUUCAACCUCAAAGACAACAGGAAGCGAGUGAAGAGCACGUACACGCCGACCAUGUUCAAGAGUGCGGAGAUCGCGGAUCACGGCAGACAGCCCUCCCAGCUGGACUCUCUCGUUGGACAGAGUAAACCCGUUCGGAACGAGACGGUGUUGCCGAAGGAGCAGGAGGCCGCUCCUCCGCUGAGAGAAAAGGGCCAAACGAGACAGGAAAUACUGACGUCAAAACUGAAAGCCCACGCGGAGAAGGAGAUUUUCGCAAUCAAAGAAAAGGGACACGCCAAAUGGGAUGCGCACGCCACAAAACCGAAAGAACUGUACACGCACGGGAACAGGGACGGAGAGCUUGUGCCUACAGAGCAUGGUAAAAAGAACGUGGUUCCGGUCAAUGGAAACCGUCUGGCUCACCAGGACCCUGCAGCUGUGAAAGAGCCCCACGGUAGAAAUGGAGCAUCGAUCAACCAAGAAGCCUCCCCAUCAGUAGACCAUGUCAGAGGUGUAAUCCCUGGGGACGGGGAAAGCCGGCUAGCCAAACCAGCUUCGACGACGAGGGAGAAGGAACACUCCAGAAAUUACAUUAUUGCCAAAACGGAGAAAAUCAGUAUCCGACAGGAGGAACUCCAGUCGAUAGCGCGGGCCAAGAUCGAAGCCAUCGCCGUCAACAGAACUCAGCAGCCCAAACGUGCAAACGAGGAGAGCGGCUACGUGCCUCCAAACUCCCCGCCCGGCCUCAGAAGGAAUGUUGAGGUUUUUACAACUGAGGCUGAUGCAGACACGGCGAGAGGCUCAGAGGAAAAGAACGUGGCGGAGGACAUUAGGAAGGACGCAGGGAAACCGGGGGAGGCGUUGCAGUACUACGCCAUCAUCAACUAUGAGCCGAAGGCGGAAGGUGGUGAGAGAGCGGCGGCUUCUUCUCAAAGUCGUGAGAGGACGCCAAGGACAGAGGCGAGUGGUGUAGCUCAUGGCGAGGUGAGGGAAGCUGCUUUGGCCCAGAGCCGAGUGGACCACGCGAAGGCUCCGAUACCAACACCGCGCUCCGACACUUCUUCGCCCUCUCUGGGGAAGGCCAUCUUAUUUAAGGUCAAGGACAACAGCCUCAGGGCGUCCCCGGUGACGAAGACUACGAGACCGUCUUUUCAGAAGACGUUGGAGGAUCAGAGGCUGGGCUCCUCCCAAGAGAACUUGAGUGUCGUGGAAAAGGCCGAUGAGGAACGCAAUCGCCCCAGAGAGAACGUGGAUGUUCCCGUUCUCCAUAACGCCGCAGCUACGGCACUACAAGCACACAACAUCCAGUCAGUGCCAGACUUCACACCAACCAGAGCACUACAAGCACACAACAUCCAGUCUGCUCCAGAGUUCACGACCACAAGAGCACAACAAGCACACAACAUCCAGUCUGCUCCGGAGUUCACGACCACAAGAGCACUACAAGCGCACAACAUCCAGUCUGCUCCGGAGUACACAACUACUCGGGAGCCGCCGGCUCACAAUGUAGUCCCGAGCGCAGAGUUCAUGAGCGCCAGGGAGCCGCGGACCUACUACAGGAGAAGCCGGCCGGACGGGCGCAGCUCGGCGAUCAGCACGAUGUCGGAGGACCUGGAGAGCUGCGGCACCAGCGCGAUGGACGAUCGGGCGUCCUUGUACUCGGGCGACAGGCCGGAGUCGGCCUGCAGCGACGUGAGGCCCUUCGGGAAGCCGCCCAGCGUCCCGCCGAAGAGCGAGAGGGCCCUCCUUCGCGCCAAGAAGCUGACCACCCGGAGGAUCAAGAAAGCCGAGGUGAAGGCCCAAGGCGGCAGCCCGACCCCGCCGGAGCACAAGCCUCUGCGCGCGGUGGCCAGUAUGCCGUCCUCGCCCACGGAGCCUCUGCUGUCCCGCCGGGCGUCCCUCCCCCAUCCGGCCCUGCCCCAGUACCGCGUCGAGCCCGGGUACGGCCCGCACGCUCCCAGCCUCAUGGCGCAGCCCUUCCCCCUCACCCAGAGGAAGCUCCUGCAGGACCCGAACUCGGGACAGUACUUUGUGGUCGACAUGCCCGUGCCGGUGAAAACCAAGAUGUUCUUCGACCCCGAGACGGGCAAGUACGUGCAGCUGUCCGUGCGCCAGUCGCCGGAGCGGAGCCGGUCGAACACGUCGUCCGUGGAGCUCCUGAGCCCGCCGCCGUACGUGCUGUACCCGGGGUUCCUGCCCGUGCCCGUGUCCACGCUGCCGCCACACCGCUCCACCUCGCAGAUGUCCGCCCCCGCCACCCUCACGGGGGAGCACGAGAAGCGCAGCGCCCCCCGCAGGCUGGAGGCCCUCCAGCGGAAAUGCAGCCGGGAGGCGGAGUCGUACAUAGAGCCGGCGUACAGGUCACAUGAUCAGCCCCGGGGGAAACCGUCCAAUGACGAUGAGAGAGGCUACACAAGCCAACGAAACUUAAACAUUAUACCAAUGGGCGAAUUGGAGGAUUUUGCAAUGGAAAGCAACUGA